CCCGUGUAGAACCAAUCAAAAUCCUUUGGAGGCGGGGUUAUCAAGUCACACGGAAGUUACUGCGCAUUUUACACGUUUUCGAAGCUGACCUUACCCUGCACCAGCACCCCCAGCCCCAGUGAGCCCACCCUAGCCCCAGUGAGCCCACCCUAGCCCCAGUGAGCCCACCCCAGCCCCAGCUCCAGUCAUUAUGUGGCCAGUGUUAUGGCUAUCCAUGCGGACCUAUGCCCCCUACAUAACCUUCCCGGUGGCCUUCGUGGUGGGGGCGGUGGGGUACCACCUGGAGUGGUUCAUCAGGGGGGACACCAUCCCUAAACCUGGGGAGGAGAAGAGCAUCGUGGAGCUGAGGGAGGAGAGGAAGCUGGAGGAGGGGACAGGACGGGACAGCACCCAGGUCCUCAGUCUCAAAGAGAAGCUGGAGUUUACCCCCCGGGCAGCGCUGGACCGCAACCGACCCGAGAAGAGCUAACCGUGCCUGGGGUAGACUGACGGGUGUCCACCACCCCUAGUCCUGGAGUCCUGGAUCAAGGGGUGAAGGGAGUGGAAUGAUGGAUAUGAACUCUGGAUUGCUGAUGCUAUGUAAUGGCCAUUGAGAGGCUUUGGAGCCACCGGUCGGCCAUAUUGCCACUCCCCAGUA